AUGAGUUUAUCCUACGCCGAAAGUCUCUCUUACUUUCCUCACAAAGGCAAAGUUGGUAUGCCCGAACUAACUGAAAAUGUCGAAGACCUACAAACAAAACUCAAUCAAUUAGAGCAAAUGAUUCGUCAAAGUCAUCAUACAGUUGUCAUCACUGGUGCUGGUAUAUCAACUGACGCAGGCAUACCUGAUUUUCGAGGACCUAAUGGUGUGUGGACAUUGGAAAAACGUGGUGAAAAACCAACGUUCAAUACGAGUUUUGAAAAAGCAAUACCAACUUAUACACAUCGAGCUCUGUGUCGAUUGGAAGAAGCCAAUUAUCUACAUUUCGUCAUUAGUCAAAAUAUCGAUGGACUGCAUCACCGAUCGGGAUUACCAGUUGACAAAUUAGCAGAGUUACAUGGCAACGUUUUUGCGGAAGAAUGCGAAGUUUGCCACAUGCAGGUCAUCCGUCCUACCGCUGUUGGCUCUUAUUGUCGUAAACGGACAGGCAAUGUUUGUAAUUCCAUGAAAGGACGCAAUAAAAGCUUGUCAUGUCGCGGGAAACUACGUGAUACUGUCCUCGACUGGGAAGAUGCAUUACCGGAGACAGCGCUUAAACUAUCGGAACAACACUGCGCCAAAGCAGAUCUGUGUUUAUGUUUGGGAACGUCAUUACAAAUCCGUCCGUGUCGGGAUUUACCACGAAAAACAAAGAAAAAUGGUGGAAAAGUAGUUAUUGUUAAUCUACAGAAGACAUCGAUGGAUUCUAUAGCGAGUUUAAUCAUACACGAGCGAUGUGAUCGUGUUAUGAAACAUAUUCUACAAAAACUCAAUUUAGACUUCGAAAAAAAAUCUGAUCUCAACGAUCUAUCGAAAUACUCUCACGUGAAAAAAGUCGUUCUGCUUUUGGGUAAAAACAAAUCGGGCAAAAACUAUAUUGGAAGAAAACUGGCAGAAAAACUCUCUGCCAUACUACUGAAUAUUAAUGAAUCUGGUCAACACGAAUAUGAAAAGACAAAUGAUCGUGUGGAUACUGCUCAACCAACUGUAAAUCAAUGGACAAACGAGAAAUACCAUGCCGAUCCAACAUAUUUCUGUCGAGUGAUGUUAGACGAAAAAAAUGAAUCUUGUUCGUCGAAUCCACUAUGGAUCAUCAGUGGUGUUCAGCACACGAAAGAAAUAGAAUAUUUUCAAAGCUAUUUCUACGAUCGUUUAUUGUUUGUAUAUAUCGAAGCAUCAGAUGAUGUUCGAAAAAAACGAGGCUGGACUAUUGUCGAUACCGCAAACACCGAAUGUCAAUUAGAUACGAAUGUACAAAGAUCAUUUACUUUUACAAACAAUGAAGAAGAUAGUUUUGAUCAACAAAUGAGUCAUUUAAUACAUAUGAUCAAUUCUUAA